AAAAAAAAACCUGUUCUAAACAAUGCUGACAACCUGAUUCUUUGAACUCACAGGUCAGAGAGUCCUGUGUAUUGCUCUGUUCUCUCCCACGUUCCUCCUUGGGACAGUUCUGCACUUGUUGUCCUUGGUAUCUACAGCAGAUCCUGCGAUUAAUGAAUGACCUGGAGGAGCUCCCGGGGAGGGCUUCAGGACCAGACUUCUAGAGUUCAUGUGCAUACUCAGAAAUCCUGUUCUUGUUGUAGGGCUGCGAUCUCUCACAAUGGAGGGAAGCCGGCAGACGCGAGUUUCUCGGCCCUACAAGAUCAGCGAAUCUUCAAAGGUGUACCGCUGGGCCGACCACUCCUCCACAGUGCUGCAGCGGCUAAACGAGCAGCGGCUCCGCGGCCUCUUCUGUGACGUGGUCCUGGUGGCGGAUGAGCAGCGCGUGCCAGCCCACCGCAACCUGCUGGCCGUGUGCAGCGACUACUUCAACUCCAUGUUCACGCUGGGCAUGCGGGAGGCCUUCCAGAAGGAGGUGGAGCUGAUCGGCGCCUCCUACAUCGGGCUCAAGGCCGUGGUGGACUUCCUGUACAGCGGGGAGCUGGCGCUGGACGGCGGCAACAUCGACUACAUCCUGGAGACGGCGCACCUGCUGCAGAUCUGGACAGUGGUGGACUUCUGCUGCGAGUACCUGGAGCAGGAGGUGAGCGAGGACAACUACCUGUACCUGCAGGAGCUGGCCUCCAUCUACAGCCUCAAGCGGCUGGACGCCUUCAUCGACGGCUUCAUCCUGAGCCACUUCGGCACACUGUCCUUCACGCCCGACUUCCUGCAGAACGUCUCCAUGCAGAAGCUGUGUGUGUACCUGAGCAGCAGCCAGGUGCAGCGGGAGUGCGAGCACGACCUGCUGCAGGCGGCCCUGCAGUGGCUGACGCAGCAGCCCGAGCGCGAGGCGCACGCCUACCGGGUGCUGGAGAACAUCCACUUCCCGCUCAUCCCCAAGAACGACCUGCUACACCGUGUCAAGCCGGCCGUGUGCUCGCUGCUGCCCCGCGAGGCCGACUGCGAGGGCUUCAUCGAGGAGGCCGUGCACUACCACAACAGCCUGGCCGCCCAGCCCGUCCUGCAGACCAAGCGCACAGCGCUGCGCACGGACGAGGAGCGCCUACUGUUUGUGGGCGGUGAGGUCUCUGAGCGGUGUCUGGAGCUCAGUGAUGACACCUGCUACCUGGACGCCAAGAGCGAGCAGUGGGUCAAGGAAACGCCCCUGCCGGCCCGGCGGAGCCACCACUGCGUCGCCGUGCUGGGGGGCUUCAUCUUCAUCGCGGGCGGCAGCUUCUCACGGGACAACGGAGGGGAUGCAGCCUCCAACCUCCUUUAUAGGUAUGACCCCCGCUGUAAACAGUGGAUCAAGGUGGCCUCCAUGAACCAGCGGCGUGUGGACUUCUACCUUGCCUCCAUUGGGGACAUGCUGUUGGCUGUUGGUGGCCGGAAUGAGAAUGGAGCACUCUCUUCGGUGGAGACCUACAGCCCCAAGACUGACUCUUGGUCCUACGUGGCCGGCUUGCCAAGGUUCACCUACGGCCACGCGGGCACCAUCUACAAGGACUUUGUGUACAUCUCGGGGGGCCACGACUACCAGAUCGGCCCCUACCGCAAGAACCUGCUGUGCUACGACCGCCGCACGGAUGUGUGGGAGGAGCGGCGGCCCAUGACCACGGCGCGUGGCUGGCACAGCAUGUGCAGCCUGGGCGACAGCAUCUACUCCAUCGGGGGCAGCGACGACAACGUCGAGUCCAUGGAGCGCUUUGAUGUGCUGGGCGUGGAGGCCUACAGCCCGCAGUGCAACCAGUGGACCCGCGUGGCGCCCCUGCUGCAUGCCAACAGCGAGUCGGGGGUGGCCGUGUGGGAGGGCCGCAUCUACAUCCUGGGCGGCUACAGCUGGGAGAACACGGCUUUCUCCAAGACCGUGCAGGUCUACGACCGCGACGCCAACCAGUGGAGCCGCGGCCCCGACCUGCCCAAGGCCAUCGCCGGCGUGUCGGCCUGUGUCUGCGCCCUGAAGCCGCAGCUGGAGGACAGGAAGAAGAAGGGCAAGGGCAAGCGGCAGUAGGGCAGGGCCAGCGCUGCCGCCCGCUCCUGGCCUCGUGGCCGGAGCAGUAGGCAGUGGCCGCCCCUUAGCCCUCUGGAAAUGUUACGUGCUCUUGGCAGCUUUUUUACUUUUAUGAUUCUUGGUAUUUCUAUGGUAUCAUAACCAAUUAAACAUGGUAUAUCACUUGA